CCAAAAUAUAACAGUUAAAAUCCUCUCCGGGUUGGCCAUUUUGGAAAAACCUGUCCUUUCUUCAGUGACACUCGCUAUCAGAACCACAAACUCGCACAUACCAUUCUCUCUCUUCUUCUUUCUCUCUAUAUAUUCAACUGGGUCUCCACUAUCACCACUUCACCAGCACUUGCUAAGUGGGAAUUCCGAAUUCAGACUCUUCUUCUUAUCUCUCUCUCUCUCUCUCUCUAUACACACAUAUAUAUUUCCUUCUUUCUUGACAUACAAUAUUGUAAUCUGUAGUUCCCUGUUUUUCUCAUCGGGGUUUUGCUCCAUUACUCCUCAAAUUACGGUUUUGAAGCCCGUUGAGCGUUUUUUCUGUUUAUUGUCGUUUCUGUUUUGGCUCUGCCGUAAUGGCGCUUUGUACAUUAUCGUUCCCUGGCCAUAUCACCCGGGCUUCGGACCCUCAAAAGUCUGCUUCUUUCUCGUCUCAGUUUUCUUGGGGAACAGAUCUGCUUGGGCAAUCUCAAUGCAAGCUAAAUCAGGUGAGGAAAAGGCCAGGUGGGGUUUAUGCAUCACUUUCAGAGAUGGGAGAGUAUCACUCACAAAGACCACCAACUCCUCUCUUGGACACCAUAAAUUAUCCAAUUCACAUGAAAAAUCUUUCGGUCAAGGAGCUUAAACAACUAGCAGAUGAACUCCGGUCGGAUGUCAUCUUCAAUGUUUCGAAAACCGGGGGUCACCUUGGCUCAAGCCUUGGUGUUGUUGAGCUCACUGUUGCUCUUCAUUAUGCCUUCAACACUCCACAGGACAGGAUAUUGUGGGAUGUUGGUCAUCAGUCUUAUCCUCACAAAAUCCUGACUGGAAGAAGAGACAAGAUGCACACCAUGAGGCAAACAAAUGGUUUGUCAGGAUUCACUAAGAGGUCUGAGAGUGAGUAUGACUGCUUUGGGACUGGUCAUAGCUCUACUACUAUCUCAGCAGGCUUGGGAAUGGCUGUUGGGAGGGAUCUAAAGGGAAGAAAGAACCAUGUUGUUGCUGUUAUUGGUGACGGUGCCAUGACUGCAGGGCAAGCUUAUGAAGCCAUGAACAAUGCUGGUUACCUUGACUCUGACAUGAUUAUCAUUCUCAAUGAUAAUAAACAAGUUUCUUUGCCUACUGCUACCCUUGACGGGCCGGUCCCACCUGUUGGGGCUCUGAGCAGUGCUCUCACUAGGUUGCAAUCAAACAGGCCACUUAGAGAAUUGAGAGAAGUAGCCAAGGGAGUUACCAAACAGAUUGGUGGUUCAGUGCAUGAAUUGGCUGCAAAAGUUGAUGAAUAUGCCCGUGGGAUGAUAAGUGGUUCUGGAUCAACACUCUUUGAAGAGCUUGGACUCUACUAUAUUGGCCCGGUUGACGGUCACAACAUAGAUGAUCUUGUCGCCAUUCUCAAAGAGGUUAAGAGUACCAAAACAACCGGUCCAGUCCUGAUUCAUUGUGUCACUGAGAAGGGACGGGGAUAUCCAUAUGCAGAGAAAGCUGCUGACAAGUACCAUGGAGUGGCCAAGUUUGAUCCAGCAACUGGAAAGCAAUUCAAAUCCAGUUCUUCCACACAGUCAUACACAACAUACUUCGCGGAGGCUUUGAUUGCAGAAGCAGAAGCGGACAAAGAUAUUGUGGCGAUCCAUGCUGCAAUGGGAGGUGGAACAGGCUUGAAUCUCUUCCUUCGCCGUUUCCCAACUAGAUGUUUUGAUGUUGGGAUAGCAGAGCAGCAUGCUGUUACUUUUGCCGCCGGUCUGGCCUGCGAAGGCCUUAAACCGUUCUGUGCAAUUUACUCAUCUUUCAUGCAGCGAGCCUAUGACCAGGUAGUACAUGAUGUAGAUUUGCAGAAGUUGCCGGUGAGAUUUGCAAUGGACAGAGCUGGACUAGUUGGGGCUGAUGGUCCCACACACUGCGGCUCUUUUGAUGUCACUUUCAUGGCAUGCCUUCCUAACAUGGUGGUUAUGGCUCCUUCUGAUGAGGCAGAGCUCUUCCACAUGAUUGCUACUGCUUCUGCUAUCAACGACAGGCCGAGUUGCUUCCGAUACCCAAGAGGAAAUGGCGUUGGGGUUCCACUGCCUCCGGGGAAUAAAGGCAUUCCUCUUGAGGUUGGGAAAGGAAGGAUAUUGAUUGAAGGGGAUAGAGUUGCACUUUUGGGCUAUGGAGCAGCAGUUCAGAGUUGUUUGGCCGCUGCGCAUCUAGUCGAACCUCAUGGUUUGCGGUUAACCGUCGCUGAUGCGCGGUUUUGCAAGCCUUUGGACCGUGCACUUAUUCGCAGCCUCGCGAAAAACCACGAGAUCUUGAUCACAGUUGAAGAAGGAUCUAUUGGAGGCUUUGGAUCUCAUGUUGCACAGUUUCUUGCCCUUGAUGGCCUUCUUGAUGGCAAAAUUAAGUGGAGACCACUAGUUCUUCCUGAUCGGUACAUCGACCAUGGAUCGCCGGCCGAUCAAUUUGCUGAAGCCGGUCUUACACCUUCUCACAUUGCAGCAACAGUUUUCAACAUUCUAGGACAAACUAGAGAGGCUCUUGAAGUCAUGUCACGAUGAAACAGCUUAUAG